AUGUCAUGCAAAUACAUAAACACGUACACGGAAACAGUAAAUUUUUUGACUACUAUAGACUCUAUGUACUGUGUAUGUGUAUUAACUAGCUAGCUACAAUGGCCAGGUAGCGCUGAAUACACAUGUCGGAAUUCAAUAGUGGUAGCUCCUAUGCCCAGUCUGGUCCGGGACCAGGGGAUGAACUUGAUGCUAUUGACCUCGGAGACGUGCCCAGUACUACACUGCCAACCCAAGUGAGCGACCGUGACCAGCAGGAUACGCAUACGGACAUUGUAUUUCCUCAUCAUCAACUACCCUAUCGUAUGCUCAAUAGAGGAGAAGCAUCUUUUCACACGUAUACGGGGACACAAGACAGCAAGUGUGAGGAAGUUAAGGAGCAAAUCAGAGAAGAGCUGAGGGAAGAGCUGAGGGUUAAAAUUGAAUCGCUCAAGCAGAACACAAUGGUUGACUUACAAGAAAAGGAUGAACAGCUAAAGAUGGUGAUACAGGAGAGAGACAUGGCAAAGAAAGAGUUGGAGCUGGCCAAAGAGAAGGAACUGGCAGAUAAAGAAGUACUACUCAAAGCAAAGGACAAGGAAUUGGAAGAAAAAGAUCGAAAGAUAAAGGAAUUGACACAACUAACAGAAACACAAGCGGCCCAAAUAAGAGACCUGAACACAGAGAAGCAACUUCUACAGAAGACCAUUGAUGAGAUGAAUGCCCAGAUGCGCGUUUUGAACGAGAAUGUCACCAACGUACAGAAUCAAGGCUCCACACUUGAAGCUGGUCUACAGCAGUGUGUCCAACAGGAGCAGUUUCAAAAUUUCCUUGAUAAAGAGCUUGAGAAACGCAUGAGGACAGUAUUUGCUGAAAUGGUGAACGUACCCUCUGCGACAGUUCAAGAAUCUGCGAGUGCUGCUUCAAAGCUCCAAGGUGACUACAAGAAUAUCUCUCCAGUGACCAGCCACACCCCCUCUCCCUCGAGAUCCCCUGUCAAUGUCCCCACACCUCCGCCCACACCUCCCACUAGCACUGGACAAGAUGAAACCAAUUAAUGUGCCAGUCUCCACGCACUUGUGUUCUCGUUAUUUUGUAUACAUGUACAAUCUCUAGACUUUGUAUGAUAUUCAUAUUAACACUCAGUCAUUUGAUUUAUAUAAUUUAUACUCUCUUUUUUACACUGUUAUGAUUUUCAAUUACAAUGCACCUGUUAAUCGUUUCCUGUUCCUGUCAAAAUUAAUUGGUGUGAAUUACUUGUCAAUGAGUAAUAAAAAUUAUUUAGCAUUUUUGUUGUGUUUAUAUAA